AUCUUUUAUAUUAAUAAUUCUUACAUUUGCAAUGAAUACAAAUUAUUUAAUGCCAUCUGCUUUUUAAAUUUCACAAUUAUUAUCAAUAAUUGUAAUUAAGGGACACUGUGUAUACUUGAUGUGGGUGUCGAUGUCUCAGUUUCGACCCAGUAACAUCGCAUGAGAAUUCUUCGUGGUUAAUGAGAAAUCCAGGCGAUAACUACGGAUUUAUAUCGAACAGAAGUUCACUCUGUCAUAACCGAACCUUCUUAUGGGAACUUUAUCAUGGAAUAUAAAGUCGUGAGUAUUGCAAGGUGAUGAUGAACAUGGGAAAGAACGUAAUUAAAAUUCAUUUGUUGCUGUAUACUUUUUUUUAAAUUGUUAAUUCAAAAUGCUUUUCUUAAUAUCUAAAAGUAGCAUCUUCUACGUAGGAUGACACGUACGGUGACUGAUCACUUGCAAAUGAUUAAGCUGCACUUGCAAGGGUGUCAAGUAACGAAAACAAGGAAUGGAGGGAGUUUUCAGACCACCAUAGGGAAAGAGGGAUUAUUUUAACGUCGGUCCCGUCCUCGUAGACAGCUUGGCACCAGCGUUCAGCACUCUCUCAUGUUUCACGGAACUCCGUUUCCUGUCAAGUGGAGGUUCGAGGUGCACAAACCGACCAGCUCCUCCCCUGACCCGAUACAAAUGACGCGAAAGAAGAAACUAAACAAUGUUGAUGAUUAAUGAACGACCCCCGGGAAGAGGAUCCUCGACUUGAGAAACAGGAGCAACAACGUUCAUUUUCACAGUCGCCAUUUUUUCCUCAGUGUUUUCUUAGCUGGCACUUGGAUUGAUUUAUAUACAUAAGUAUUGACAAGAUCCAGAUCAGCUCGGAUUGGUUAAACCUAGGAGAAUUUAUGAGAACAUUUGUCAGUCCUUCCAGCCCUACUCCAACUCCAAGAUCUUGUGUUCUCCAACCGCAUCUAUCCAACGCUUCCUCCAGUUCAUCGCGGAUGUCUUGGUUCGAAGACACAGAAUCAUCGAAUCAACGAUCAUCUGAAAAUAUUUUGGGAACUUCGCCAACCUCCUCGAUAUUACCUUCUCAUCAAAAUUCUUAUUUUGCUGGAAAUUGGGACUCCUCGUGGAAUCUUAAAUGUCCUUGGAAUAAUUUUUCAAAUUCUUGCAAUUCUACACCUCUGAUCAACCCUUUGAAUGAACCUAAUUUGACACCAUCUUGCACGGGAAACUUUCAGUAUGGCGACAGUAAUCGAAACUAUAAAAUAUACAGAUUGGAGCAGUGUUCGCACCAAAAUGGCGAAUGUAAUAUAAUCGAACGAUCAACGGAUAAAAUGGACUUUGAUUCGUCCGAGCAGUCUCUGAAUUUCAUUUGCGAAAAGACUCAAGAUCGUCAAAUUACCACGACGACUACCACCACAGUGUUUCGUGCUUGGGAAAUUCCAUCUUUCCAAGAUGCUGAAGGAAAAACUGAAAACGAAAUUAAGUGUUGUUCUUGGCAGGAUCCAAUAAACGAUUCCUUCGAAAAAGAAGCGUGUUCCAUGGAAAGAGAACAUGAGACGAGUAAAAGAUUGGUCGGUGAUAAGCCUCGUAAAGAAAGAACAGCGUUUACAAAGCAACAAGUUCGACACCUUGAAUGUGAAUUCGCACACAGCAAUUAUCUUACGCGUUUACGUCGUUAUGAAAUUGCAGUUGCAUUGGAUUUAACAGAACGGCAGGUAAAGGUGUGGUUUCAAAAUAGGCGAAUGAAGUGGAAGAGGACCAAAGCUGGAUUAGGAAAUGGAUCAGAAAAGCUCAAUGUUUCUUGAUACAUAGCUUUCUUCAAGUUUUAUUAUUUUAUAAAAAUGUAACUAUAAAU